UAAUAACCACAUUUGUUUGCAAUCUGAUUAAUGUAAUUAGUAAUUCAUAAAUUGUUUUUCGAAAAUAUUACAUUGUUCCAUCACAUGGUUUUCGGAAUCAUUAUCGUAAGACUUACUGGGGUUAAACCAGUAGGGUAGACAUGCUUUAACUGAGGAAGUUAUGAACAUACCUGUAUCUUAGUUAUUGUUGCCGGGUUGAUCAUUUAAAAUAUUGAAUUCGACAAUGUUCCCAACACAAACACUGUUCACUGUUAUACAGUUUUCGGUAUUCGGAAUACUUUAUGCAGAAGAAGUAUUAAAAUGUCUGACCAAACCCACGGAGAAGAUUCGCAUCUCAUGUCCAAAAAAUCACGUGAUCUACAACCCAGUAAUUUUGGCGGGAGCAAGCGCGGGCCAGUCAUGUAACCCAGCUCCAACAGAUUGUGUCGGAACGACGAAAGAAAUCAAAAGACAGGCAGAAAGAUGCUUCUGGAAAAAGAGAUGUGUGAUAAACCUCUGCAAUGUUGGCAAUAUAACUGCUUGUACAAAUAAGAUGACAGCAAGGCCCAUGGCAUCUUUCAAUGCAACAUAUAUUAUCAUCAAACAAAUGCACUGUAUACCAAAAGAUAUUAUCAUUGAUGUUUGUUCAAAGCCAAAAAGAGGUCUGGAUUUCACAAUGGGCAUAAUAAGAAGUCACCGAGGGUACCCGAGAAGGAGACCUAGAUCGGAUGUAUGUGCAAUGAAAAUACCAAUCAAAAACAGCCAAACGUUAAUACUAGAAGUUGUCACUGAAGAUAACACAUUUCCGGUGGGUCUAACUUUGCAAAAUGUUCUGAAAAAUGACCAAAGAACUGUGAACAUUUCAACAAUGAAGGAAGUCAUGUUGCAUGGCAACACAACAAAAGCGCUGAAAAUUGCAGUAGAUUAUCGUUGGAAACGGAGAUCACUCUAUGGAUUCAUGUUGCCAUUUAAAGCAUAUGAGAGUUCAUCGCUUGAUUCUGUGUUGAAGUGGCCAAAUAGUUCUCGACCUGUCAUGAAAGAACUAGGGUGGAUAUUGGACGUAAAGCCAGUUAUAGAGCAAUGCGCUGUCAAUGUCGAAGGUCAUAUGCGUCUAACGUGUGAAAAUGAUGAAGUGAUAUAUUCUCCGGCUGUGGCUUUAUCCGGCUAUACUAGAAGAAAGCCGAAAUGCAUAUUUAGCACGAAGACACCUUGUGGUGGAUUUUCUCCAGACCUUCUGGUUCAGAGAAACUUGUGUUUCUGGAAGAAGUCAUGUGACAUAAAGUGGAAGAAGUCUAGUCGAAUUAUUGUGUCGAAAGAAUCCAAGUGUAUCGGUUAUUCGGCUUCGACCAUUGGUCUAUCCGGGCAUAGAUGUGUAAAUAAAGACAUAAUUGCGGAUCUAUGUACCAACGUCACAAGUCCAAUCAAUGAUUCAUGGGGAAUCAUUCGAAGUCAUUCUGAUUACCCGUGGAACUUUGAUGCAAGGUUUCCUGAAUGUAAACGGAUUUUAAUGAUUGGCGGCCGACAAGCCAUGAUGCUGAUUGUGCAAGAUAUGAACCUUGAUCCAGAUGGUAGGGACAAAUUUUCCGUGACCCAUGUCAAGAAGUCGUCCAGUAAGGAAAUUAUGGAUGCGAAAUCUGGCAGAGAGGGCUCUCAAGUUACCGUCAAGGGUGGUAAACUGGUUAUCAAGUUCAAACCAUUUGAAAAAUCAAAGUCAGGACGUGGUUUCGUCCUGGUGUUUAGACGGUUCCCAGUUACAAGAAGAGCUGCUAGAACUAAUUUUCAUAACGAUGAGGCAAUUCCUACACCAGCAAAUGCUGCACUCAGUGACGCUGCUAAAGAUAUGUCAUAUAGACUAUCCAAUCGGAGACUGUGUUCAAAACGAGGCAAGCUAAGGAAGAGAGGGCAUGCAUGUAACCGGAGAGUUUGGACGGACUACUUUACUAGACUAGAAUAGGACCACCACUGGGCAAAGAAAUACCACAGGAGAAAUGUUCAUUUAUACUUUUUGAUCUGCUAUAGCUUUGUAUAUAUUUGUAUAGUAUUAUGGCUGUAUAUCUAAUUAUACCGGGUAUUUUGAAUAACAAAAAUGUAGAUAUAUAAAAUAUGUUUCACGAUUAGCACCUGCCAAAUGAUAUUGCGUAAUAAUUUGUAAUCUAUAUGAUAUAAAUUAAUAAAUGAAAUAACGUUCUAGAAGAAUGAAUAACAUCUUAUAUCA